UAAUUUCUAGAAUGUACUCUUCAUUUUCAAAUAUUGAUUUUGAUUUUCUGUAAACGCUAAAAAUAGUAUAACAGAUAUUCCGAUAUCUAUUUUUAUUUUAAUGUUUAUGUCUAAGGUAAAUUACACAUUCUAUCUAUAUUAGAGCAGUCUGCUGUUCGAAACAGAGAUGGAUUCACAGAAGUCAUUUAUAUUAAUCUGUUCCUUGCUGUUAAUAUCCUCACCAGUGGUUGGAGGAGGACCGAUAACCUGGGCAUCUUGCAUGGCUGUAAUUGGUGUUGGAGGUUUGGUGCUAGGAGCUGCAAUCCUACCGCUGCUGGGAUUCACUUCAACUGGAAUUGCAGCCGGGUCAUGGGCAGCCUGGAUGAUGUCUUUAUACGGAGGUUCUGUCCCAGCAGGAAGUUUGUUCGCCAUCUUGCAAUCGACUGGGGCCGCUGGUGUUUCAUGGAGUUCCUUUGGUGGAAUAUCCGGAUUUUGUGCAGCUUUGACCGCUCCAUUCCCAUAAAUCCUACUGCAAGUCGAGGCAUAUAUAUUCAACGUAAAAUAAAUCCUACUACAAAUAGAGGCACAUAUAUUUAACGUAACGAAAACUCACAUAGUUUAGAUACUCUUUGAGAUUAUGCAUUCUUCACAGUUUACAGUUCUUACAUGAAACAACACCAACCUUAUUAUUUGGUUGAAAAUAUGGACCGGCUUCUGAUGAGAAAUAACUAUAACGUGUAUAAAGCAUUCCUUUGUAUCAAAGUCAUAUAUAUUCCGGCAUCAUAACAUGCUACGUAAUGUUUCUGGAUAUUGAAGUAUUAACAUUACUUCAUCAACGGUUUAGCAUCGUGUUAAGAAAGGAAUUUUUGAAAUACUUUUUCUGUUUAUCAAGAAAUAACAUUACAAAGGUGAUGCACACUAAAUAUCCGCGUAAUAUUUAGAGUAUACACCACAUUUUGAGGUUAUUUCGAAUAACAGAACAGUCAUUCCUAAUUCUAAAUCUAAUUUAGUAGAUAUAGGAAGAUGUGGUGUGAGUGCCAAUGAGACAACUCUCCAUCCAAAUAACAAUUUAAAAAUUAAACCGUUAUAGGUUAAAGUACGGCCUUCAACACGGAGCCUUGGCUCACACCGAACAACAAGCUAUAAAGGGCCCCAAAAUUACUAGUGUAAAACCAUUCAGUUCAACAUCUUCUUUUUAGUUCCUGUUCACUCAAAUUUUAAUUAUUUUCUAGGAUGUGGAUACAUUUAUUGAAACUAUGCAUCAAGCGAUGAGUUGUUAGCUUCUCGGUUCUUUGUCACCUGUGGAACAGAAUCUGCUUACUCUCCGAUCACAAAAUUUGACAAACAUUUGACUUUGGAUAAUUUAUAUGUCACAUGCAUUUUUAUUAUAGCAUACAGCUUAUAGAUUAAAAACAUCCAAGCCAUUA